UUGUGACCCUCCGUCCAGGCGUCACCGUUCAUCCCGCUUCUACUGUAUCUUUCAUCAAAUGUUGCAUGUACCUUCACCACCGCCAGAAGCUACCUAGAUAGUGUUCGCAUUCACCGAACGCAAUUUGCGCCUGGACCCGACUCACCCGCCGCGAGCGCUACGACAGAACACAUCGCAGCUCAUCGUCAUACGAGACAUUUUAUUCUUUAAUCUCAGCAAGCAAGCUGAAGCGCAAACUAUUUAAACUUCUUGUUUGAGACAAACUCGCCAAUCAUUGUUAUCUCUGCCCACCGCGUUUUUUCAACCUACCCAGCCUUACGUGGGCCUACGAAAAAAAAAAAAUAUCUUCGUCUUCUACCACCCUGACGAUCACUGAGUUCACAACUCUGCUACUGAUUAAUCGUAGUGUUUUUUUUUCUUCACGCAGACAAGAUGGCGGGGUUAUUUCGAAAGGUGUACGACUGGUUGCUCAGAACAUUCUGGGCAACCGAGAUGGAUGUGACGAUGAUAGGUCUGCAGAAUGCUGGGAAGACUUCCCUACUUCGCGUCCUGUCGGGUGGUGAAUUUACGAUCGACUCUAUUCCCACCGUCGGUUUCAACAUGAAGCGUGUGCAACGGGGCCACGUAACACUUAAAUGUUGGGACUUGGGCGGCCAACCUCGUUUUCGGCCGAUGUGGGAGAGGUACUGUCGCGGGGUGAAUGCGAUCGUGUUCAUCGUCGAUAUUGCAGAUCAAGACCUAUUGCCGAUGGCUAAAGAAGAGCUUCAUGCCCUAAUGUCCCAACCUAGCCUUGAGGGAAUCCCUCUGCUCGUGCUCGGCAACAAAUCUGACCUCCACAUUAAACUCAGCGUGGAUGAGCUCAUAGAUGCUCUAGAUCUCAAGAGUAUAGCGCAUCGCGAGGUUUCCUGCUAUGGGAUUAGUGCGAAAGAGGAGACCAACCUAGACGCGGUAAUUCAAUGGCUCAUGAAAUGGGCUAACAGAUAAACCAACCCCCGCUCCACACAGCGCCUUGGUUCCUUUUUUUGUUUAUUUUUUAUUUUUUAAUUUGUUUCUCCGGCCGUCGGGGCGCUAAACCUGCUCCCGGGGCUUCUCUCUGCUCUUGCGACACUUUCGAUGCAUUUUCACGACGCUAAUGAUAUCAUGGGAUGUAAAAGACGGUUCAACUUUCGGCCGGCGACGACCUAAUAUAUAAAUCAUCUCUCGCGAGCUUAACUUUGGAGGCGACUGUACCAACAGUGUGCUUCUUUAUCUCGGAUCUCACCUUCUAGUGUUUCUUCUCUUUUCGCAUGCCUCGUCUAUUCGAUCCCAACACUGCAUAGCCAUUGGAGA